UUUACGUUUCGAUUUGGUGAAAACGUGCAGUCUGUUACCGGGUAUCUUUUACCUGCUUGGCUCAAGCAGCCUAACUCCUGAACAAUGUAUCCCACUCUGAUUAACGCGGUUCUGAGCAGCUCUCCUGAUUACGAUCUUUUGUUUGAAUCUUUGUGCUGGCCGCAGGAGUCGUGGCCACAAACCGAGCAGGUCGAGGCGCUCACGGCUCUCGUAGAAGCACUGGGACCAUUUCUGAUCGACUCGAAUUUAGCUCCGACUCUACUGACAGGUGCAAACAGAAGUUGCAUUCGCGACAAAAUCGAGUCAGUCAUUUGGUCGAAAUGUUUGCCUUUCCUCUGGAGAAUAUCGGCAGAAUCUGGGGGUGAUGCGCGCUGCAGGGAAAGCACCGCCGCUGUCUGCAGAUUGCUCGCUGUCUGUGUCGGUGUGUGCGGCGAAAACGUCAGGACAAAAGUCGUUUCAUCCAUCCUGCCGUCGUUACCACGGAUUUGGGAGGAGCUGCUUGCCCCAGGGACUCUCAGUGUGCAGGUUGCUACAGAAGUCCUUGCAGCUCUCAUGCCUCUUAUUACAGCGGAUGAAGAUCUCACACUCGACACUUUAAACUGUGCAUUGUCCUCUAUCCGAUCGCUCCCCGAUGACCUGGUAUCCAAAGUUAUGGUCAGGAUCAUUUUGACUUUGCUCAACUGCUGCAUUGAUGCGAAGUCCAGCAGCAUCCUCAAGCGCCUCCUAGAUGAUGUUUGCAACUGGCACUCCACGGAGCCCACACCGGUGGUCACAGAGCGGACGCUGCUGUGUUUGACCGUCCUAUCAGACCACCUUUUGAAAUCUCACAGCACCACAUCCUACCGGUCCCGUGAGACCGACCCACGUCUGUGUCCUGAGUUCUGGAGAAUUGUUCAGGAAGGACUGACUCAUAGGGACAGUGUGUCACGCAAGAGGGCACUGUACCUGUUGAAGAGAUGCGCAGCGCUUUCCGAAGAGGAGGGCUUUGUUGCCCAUUCUUCUACAUCAGAGGAAGAUGAGACAUUGUUCAAAUGGGCUCCCAACAAAAGCAGGCUGCUUAGAGAGUUCUGGGAGGAUUACACCCUGGUGAUGGAGACUCUGGAGGAGAAUCAGGUUCAUGUCGUUCGUCCAGUUUUAAACAGAAUUGACACAUUGAUCCAAGCAACAGUGACUGAUGGUCAAGGCUCAGGCCUCUUCCACCCCUCCUGGCUGCUGUGUGUGUACCAGCGCAUGUUCCACAGUGAGAAUAAAUCCUUAAUGAGAGAAGGGGUGUGCCAUUUGCUUGAGCUCCAGGUUCUUCAGCAGCAGGACUUUGCAGUGCCCUUUUCUCAGUUUGUCGCCGGUUCCUUCAUGAAUGUUCUAUCUGAAACAUCCCUUUUCUGUAGAUCACCAGGGCAGAGUGUAGGAGACUGUCCUGAGCUGGCAGUUAAACUUCAAGUCUUCCUGGUCACUUUCUUCACGAGCCUUCCAUCAGAGGACAGAGGUUGUGUAUUGCUUCAGCUGAUUCAGCAGCUUGGCUGCAAACACUGGUGUGCAGUGCCCCUCCUCUUCGUCUGUCAGGCUCUGUCUAAACUUCCCCCAAGUCCUCUGCUGAGGCUAAGCGGGCUCUCUGCUCUACGGGAGGUGCUGCGCUGCACAAUGAUCACUCACCAGGUGCUGCUGAGAGGAGCUGCACAGUGUUUUUUACUUAACAGCGCCCUCCAUCUAACAGAUGUGAGCGAAGUGACCAGAGAUGAUAUGUUUAGUUUCCUGAUGCACUUUCGUGAAGAUGAGUCUUUGUGUAGAGGGACAGAGCUAUGGAAUGAGGUGUGCACCUGGUUAUUGGAACAUGAAUGCAGUUUCAAGUCUAGAAUUUUGGAUGGCGAUUGCACCGAAGACCCCACACAAAAAGAAACCACAAGAGCUUACGUUCAACAGGAGGUACUUGCUUAUCUUCGUGUUCCAGCAAGCACAGGUCAGGCAGAAAGGUUACCUGACUCUAGAGAGGCUGAUAAGCUGGCCAGGGCCAUUCUGCUGUGUGUGGACAUGGAGAGGAGGCGAACCAGAGAAAAAACCAGUGAAACUCUGAGGUCACUUCUGUCUCCACUACUGGACACCCUAAGUAGAGUCUACACCAAUAUUUACCUACCUGUCCGUAAGAGUGACAAGAGUCUGCAGCUCAUGCUUAGACUGUUGCAGCUCAGCACAAGUCCAUGUGGUCAGCAACAAGAGGAUGAUGUAAUAUUUGCUAUUGAACGAGCCUUUCUGAAACUUGUCGAUCCAGUCCAGGAUUUUAUCCUCAGGAGGCUGUGUGGGGAGCUGCAGGAGCUCUUUGACAUUGAACGGGCCGAGCUGUAUCUCUCUGUCCUGAGGCAGCUGGUUGUUAUGUGCAGCUCUCCAUCUGGGUGCUCCAAGAACAUUCAACAGUAUGCUUUCCCUAAACUCAUCAAGUACAGCCUUUCAUGCUUGCUUGAGCCAACCCAACAGAUCCCGUCGGUGGCAAACCAGGUGUCUAAGGCGGUUUGUAUGGCGUCUUUGGCUGCUGUGUCUGGUGUCUUGCAGCAGGGAGGAAUUGGCAUGCGAUCAGAGACUGUUUCUGCCCUGAAGUCCCUGAAUGAUUAUUUCUACACUUUAAGGACUUCCUCACAAUCUCAGUCAUCUCUCGCAAACAUUAAUAAAUGCUUGAUGAAACCACAGCUAUUAAAUAGCUCAAGUGACCUCGAAGCCCAAGGCCUUCUGCAACAGGACUGGGGACGCAUUGCUGCCAACUUCUUGCGGGACCAGUGGAUAUGUCUAAACUUUCUGAUUAGGACUGUAGGGGUUCCUGAGUUUGUAGAAAUUUCCAAAGUAUCCGAGACCCUCGGAGCUGCUCUGAGUCACAGUGUUGAGGCCUUGUCUCUGCUGCCCAGUGACCUUGUGCUGCCCGUACUAAACUUUAUGAACAUGACUCUGCCACAAUUGGUGCACGAUGAGGAGGAUCUCUGUGUGCAGGCGGUGACUCUGAGUUGGGAGCUUGUACAGGGGCUUAGCACCAAUGCUCAUGAUUUCUGGCCAGCCUUAAAAGACUUUAUCUCCAUGGCCUUCCAACAUAAACUCCUGAAGCUGACGCAUCAUCAGGCUCCAACUCUCACGACUGCACUGAAAAAGAUUUUCACAGAGUUGUUGGAACUGUCUCAGUCGAAGAGCGGAGUAUUUGGCAUGCUACUUCAGCACUGCUGUCAGACAUGGCUGCCCAAUGAGCAAGGCUGCAGUGAGCAGGCUGUUGCUGCGUUUUCUAGUGUUUUUAACAACCUGGAUAUAGUCACUGAGGCUUGUGUAUAUGGACCAGUGUUCAGGAGAGAUCAACGACUCGUCCAGGACGUCCAAAUAUAUGUGGAGCAACUUGGUGAAAAGUGUGCCGCUAAUGUUGCAGUUGCAAAUGAUAACAGGGAUGAUCAGCUGCCCCGCACUUGUGUGCUGAACUUUCUUUGUCACCUAGAUCCAUCUAUUCAGCAGCACCAAAGACUCAUCGAGGAGCUAGUGAUAGAGUUGCUGAGAAAGGACAGCCUCAUAUCAAAGUCUAAAGUCCGUUACUAUAGUAACUCCCUGCAGCAUCGGGUCAAAAACAGAGCCUGGCAAACACUGCUGCUGUUACUUCCCAAACUCAGAGAGGAAUUUGUUGCCACUCUCUUGAACCAUGUGUUUGAAGCCGGAUUUUGCAGCAACCAGGCCUCGGUGAAGUACCUCAUUGAAUGGAUGAUGAUUCUAAUCCUUGUCAAGUAUCCACAUCAUAUCGACAGAUUCUGGACUUGCUUCAACCUUGAUCAGGAAAAGACCAAGACAAGUAUUUGCACCUUCCUGUCUGUCCUGGUACACUUCAGUAUCAUCAUUCCACAUGUAGAGAAUAAGGUGGGACAGCUGCGUAAAGCACUGGACAUCAUCCUGCAGUCGUGUUUCAACCACAACUUCAGCGUGCGCCUGUACGCCUUACUUGCCCUGAAGAGGGUGUGGAGCCUCACAGAAGGCCUGACAGUGGAGAAGGAGGAGGCUGAAGCUUUCAGAGGACUGUCCUCUGUGGUGACAGCCUGUCUGAACCAAGCUGAGGCCCUGCAGAGCACCGGAAAUGCUAACAAGAACUGGCUGAGGAUUCAGGGACACUUUUUCUUCAGUGCCUUUCAUCCCAUCAGGGAUUACAGUGUGGAAACCAUAUUCUACACUUUUCCUAGUCUGUCAGAGUUAGUCGAUGAUGAGUGGAUCCCGCCCUGGAAGUUUGAAAAGCUGUCAUUCUUUUCCGAAAGUCUUUCAGUCCCUUUGAGGAAUUCUGCUCCUGUCUUGGGCCAGCUCCAGCCCGGAGAUUGGGUCCAGCAAGACCGAAGCGAGCAAGAUAAAGAGGAGCGCUGGACCGAGGUGCAGAAGAAGAUCACACCAUGGAGGUUAGGGGUCCACGAGCAGGAACCCGAACUAAAGCUGGUUCCAGCACAGAGGGCUGCUCGGCUGGGGAAACAGCAUGGUACCCUGCUGGUGGUGGCCUCGCUGAUUGACAAGCCCACCAAUUUGGGAGGCCUUUGCAGAACAUGUGAGAUAUUUGGGGCCAGUGGUCUAGUUCUGGACAGUCUCCACCAUCUUAGUGACAAACACUUUCAGUCCCUGAGCGUCUCAUCUGAGCUUUGGCUUCCUUUGUUAGAGGUGAAGCCUGUGGAGCUCACUGACUUCCUGCAGCUAAAGAAGAGCGAAGGUUACUGUAUCGUCGGAGUGGAGCAGACUGCCAAUAGCCAGAACCUCCAGGACUUCAGGUUCCCUGAGAGAACUCUACUACUUCUGGGCAACGAGCGGGAAGGUAUUCCUGCCAAUUUGCUCCAGAUGUUGGAUGUGUGCGUGGAGAUCCCUCAACAAGGGAUCAUCCGAUCCCUCAACGUGCACGUCAGUGCUGCGCUGUUGAUCUGGGAAUAUACACGGCAGCACCUUGUCACCGGAUCAAAUAAAGUCGACUCACAGUCCAGCUGAGGAAGAAGCAGGCAUGGCACCACAGCUCCUAAACAAAUUUACCGACAGUGUGUUUAAGGCCCAGGCUCCUUUCAGGAUUGAGUCUGGUCUUGAUCUUGUGCUUUAAUACAAUUCCUGAAUGGGGAUCGGUCAUUUUAUCUAAUAUUCCACUCGGUUUGCUGUGAGGCAGUAUCUGUGUUGGCAGAGCUGCAGCAUAAAUAGAUCUUUGUAUCUAUGAAAAUAAGUUGUUUAUGGACUUUGUUCAAAUUGCAAACUAUAUCAUUAUUGCUUUUUGCAAAAUCUUCUAUAUUCUGAAGGUUUUUUUUAAAGUUUUUUUAAAUAAAGUUGUACUUUUUGAAAAUAAAGUGAAUGAACUAAA